AUGACAAACUUAUCGUUAAGCAUCAGCAUCCUUUUCCUGUGCGUAUGCGUGUUCGCAGCUGCAAACCCCCUCGAUCGCGAUACACGUGCGAUAGGUCUUCAUCGGCCUUAUGUUCAUUUCCUUCAAAGCCUUCUUCCACAAUCAGCAUCAUUCUGGAUGUGCCGAGGCUUAGUUGAACCGGCAACCUUAUCGUUCGAUGUGAUACCUCAAGACGUCAUUACUGAUGAAGGGACGGAACUGUUCAUGCCUUGUCAUAUCUUCUCUUCACCACAAGGUAUGGUUCAAUGGUAUCACGAUGAUCAGCUCAUUUCGGAAGAUCGAGCAGCAACUGGUGAACUCAUAGGUAACCAACGAGUAAUUGGAUCAGGACUAAUAGCUUCCCAGCUCCGAAUUCCUUGCGUUGAUGAGCGAACAGCAGGAAACUAUCGAUGUGAAGCACGAACUCCAUGCGGACAGAAGAUUAGCACUUCUGCUCGUGUUUCCGUUCGAAAGAGCAAAUCAGGGCAAACUUGUGGCAAUAAAAAAUCUGACAACUUCGCUCCAUACAUCAAAUUCGCCACACAAAGUCGCAUUGAACUAGCUGGAAAUGUCGUUGAACUAACUUGUAAAGCUGGUGGUCAUCCAGCUCCCACAAUCAUAUGGACGAAGUAUACGAACGACGAUGAGGAGGUGCCAGUCCGAACUUUCCGAAGAGAAGGGGAGAAGCAAGAAAUACUUGUUGUUCGAUCAGAAUUUGAAUCGGCUUCAGAAUCCUUCAAAUGCACUGCUAGGAAUGAGUUCGGUGAAGCUACAGCAGAGCCCACAAUCAUUUAUGUCAGUGAUGAAGAAGAGUCCUGA